AGAGUCGAGGUUCGCUUUCGCCCGCCACUUCCAUAAACGACGACGGACGACUCGGACGUAGCCUGACUCGGAGACUGAGUGGCACCUACUACUGGCAGCGAUCGACUCGACAUAAAUGACGAUGGAAGAGAGCGUAGUCAAAGGCCUUCCAGCACCUCGGAAGCUCUUGGAUCAUAAGCUCAAACCGACUCGGACAACUCCUAGACCGAAAGUUGCAAUGCUAGUCACCGGUGACUUGGACCCGGGCUCCUUCAAGUUCUUGGACACGCUACACAUUCGUGAAGAAGUGACAUAUAUCACCACCUCUAGCUCGCAAAUCGAAGAUGUUGGCGCCCACGUCGAACGAGCGACGGUCGUCUCCGCCGAAUCGUUUCUGAGACAAUACGAGAGUAAGAGCUAUGAUGCUUUGUUCAUUCCCGGGCAGCAAGGGGAGCCGCAAUGCCAACAGAGCACUUGCUCUACUAUCGUCCAAACACUCUAUGAUGACCAUCGCGAGAUCAUCGCUACUGGUUCAGGUCGAUUGCUUAUCAUAUCCACAGGUCUGACAAGCAGCAGGCGCAUCUCUUCUAUAUCAGUUGAAGUCUCAGGGGGUAGGACACAUUCUAGGGCCCGGGGCAAUACCGACUCGACUCCAGAAAACGACGGGCCACUUUGGGAGGACAUCGAGAUUAUAAGAGACGGUUACCUAUGGACGGCUAGUAGCGCGGAGAAGACAUUGACAUCCCUUGCAUUCUUGUUCAAAGCCGCAUGGAAGGGCGAUAUGGCCUGUUCCGUCUUUCCCGUGCACAGCCGCCGUCCGCUUAGAGACGACGGAGGACAAGACGACACUCCCUCGUCAUCAUCGCCGCCAUCCACCGACGCCGCAACCGAGUUGGCAGAUAAGAUCGCAGAAACCCCUCUAUCAGAAGCAGAAAACUUACCAAGUUCGGUCACUCAGUUCGCCGUCCGCUUGGGCCUCGAAGGUUUCGUAUCCAGCUGCAAUUUGCUCAUGCUCACCUUGCUCUCCGUGUUCCCCGAUAACGCCAAGUUCAAGGUCCUCAUGGAUGCGAUCGACGGACGAGCGCUGGAACUCGUCUGGCAUUACUCCGCGCAGAGACCCGCGCUACCGUGGGACGCCCCAUCCGAAGACGAGAUAGAGAAAUGGGAGAAGGCCAGCCAGAACGCCGAGUGGUACCCAUCUAUCGAAGACCUGGGAGACACCCUCGAAUCUGUCAAAGUUCGCAUGCGGCUUGAUGAUGAGAACUGGACACUACCGCCGUACUCCCUUGCCGGAGCCAUCUCCAUGGCUAUUGACGCAGGUUGGGAGAACGAGGCGCACCUGUGGCUGUCUUCCCUCGUCCGAACUGCGACGCCCGACGUAUGGAGUGCACAACUCGAACACUGGCCGAAAGUUGUCAAGCUUGCCAUAAAUGGAGUGGUUGCCGAAGCGACUGGGCGUAGCAGCGAUGAUGCUGAACGUGACGCCGCCAUCGUAAGACGAGCUCUGUUGUCUUUUCCAGAAACGUCCGCGGCGGUCGAAGAACAGCGACACUCAAUCGCUCAGAGGGUUUCCCUCGCUCCUCUGCCGUCGCUUCUUCCAAUGCUGGAUGUCCUGAAAUGGGAUCAAGAUGAGAAGCUUCUGAAGCCACCGGCGUCGCCUUCUGCGAUCCACAAGGCGGAAGUACGGCUCGGCGUGCAGCUUCCGGAGGAUUACAAACAAUUCCUCCAGCUCUCUAACGGCCUCGGACCCACAACCGUCAAUAGGCCCGGUCUCAAGCCCGUAGAGCAGCUGCUCUGGGAGGACCCGGACAGACUUGGCCUCGAGUGGUUCCACGUCGACCUAGGGUGCAACGUCCAUUCAUCACCGAACGUGAAACUGCCGAAGCCCGGGCGCGUUUUGAUGCUCUCGGAUGACCACAGUGAAGAGUCAAUGUGGCUUGUUGAGCCCGGCUUCGUGUCUGAGGCUAUACAUGCCCUCAAGGGUCACGAUCAAUCGGAUGAUGCGUUAGAUCCAUCAGGAUGGCGACUAGUCGUAUUCAUUGCGUGGAGCCCAGAAAUCAUAUGGCCUAAGAGCUUCCGUGCAUACAUCGAAGACCUUGCCAAAGAUGCGCACCGGAAAGCGGGAGCCAUGCCGGUGUUCGAGCACGAGACACUUCAGAGCCGCCUAUGAACAUGCUAUCUCACUUGUGAAUGUUAACUACUUAUUGAGUCAUCCAUCUGACCUUGCAUUGAUGUUCUAUUAGCAACAUUCCGAGACUGCAUCGGAGGAAAGGUUUUGUGGCGAGGUUCGAACGACUUGCAUGAGGUCAAUCCUCGCCUAAGGACUUGCCCGUAUACUCAUCUAGCGUCCGGUCAUCGAAUAUUACAUCACAUUCAGAGAUGUCCCGUCGCGAAGGUCCUGGCACUACCAGGACGGGUUCCCGGUGAUGAUUCUCAGACAUGUACUCGGCAGCAUGGAAAGUGCAUUGAGGCCAAGGAGCCCGAAUCAGUGCACCAGCCGCCCGACAUUCUCACACUAAGACACAGCCGC